AUAGACUCAGCGCCAGUUUCUGCCUGGAUUGUUUUCAUGCCUGAAUAUAUUUCAGUAUUGGGGGGUUUGCAUUGAUUGGGGCUUCUGCUCUCGGGACCGUUUGGGCUUUUCCUUCGGGAUUCAAAUUUAGCGAUUCAUGGACGCGGGAUCGAGCCCUCCCCAGCCCCGGGCCCGCAAGAAGAGGAAGAAGGCAGCCGGGGGGGUGGAAAGGAAAAAACCCCGAGCCCCGGAGCCCGACGUGGCCCUCUACCACUGUGACGUCUGCGGGAAGGACAUCAAGCACCAGGCGAACUUCCGGGAGCACCAGCGGAUCCACACGGGCGAGCGGCCGUACGCCUGCCAGCGGUGCGCCAAGACCUUCACCCGCUGCGCCGACCUGAUCAAGCACCGCCUGGUGCACUCGGCCCGGCGGCCGUACCGCUGCAAGGUCUGCGGCAAGCGCUUCAAGCUGCGGGCCGACCUGGACAAGCACGGCAAGGUGCACUCGGACGAGGCGCCCUUCGCCUGCCACCUGUGCCCCAAGCGCUUCAAGCGCACCUCCUGCCUGGUGAAACACCUGCGCAUCCACACCCAGGAGAAGCCCUUCGCCUGUGCCCACUGCGCCCGGCGCUUCAAGUGGGAGGCCUCCGUCAAGGAGCACGAGCGGGUGCACACGGGCGAGCGGCCCCACCGCUGCGGCCAGUGCCCCAAGGCCUUCACCCACCGCUCCUCCUUCUUGCAGCACCAGCGCACCCACCAGGAGCACCCGGCCUUCAGCUGUGAACACUGCUCCAAAGCCUUCAACCACAAGUCCAACCUCCUCAAGCACGUGCGGGCUUUGCACGCCUAGGGCGCUCGGACGGAAAGGAGGAGGACACCACCACUGCUAAAGUUGCGGGGGCAGCGUUGGGCCUUCCUCAGUUUGGGAGCUCCGCAAGGCCCUAGAUUGGGGAAGGGCACAGGUUCGCUAGGGAGUCCGCAAGAGGGAAAGGUGCCGCCUCCAUCGAAGCGCCACGAGAAAAACGCCCUCGCGGGCUAGAAGAAGCGGGAGGCGGCCCGGUGCUGUUCGGACCGGGUCUUCCUUCCCAAAGGAGCUGUCUGUCUUGACCCACAUACCUCUAGAACAAUCAAAUGAUUCCUACUCAGACGAAAGACGCGCGCCUCCAAGGGAAAGGAUUCUGUGCCUCAGGAUUGGUUUGGAGGACGAGACAAACGGAAGGGAGCGUGCAGUCCUCGAACACACACUCCUGAUUAUCGUCCUUUCCCCGUAAGUCUUUUCGUUUCAGCCGUAUAAUUUCAGGUAUCUUGUCGCUUUUGCUGUUAAUUAUCUGAGAGUCAGAAAUCCUUGCUGAUCUACCCCAAACCGCCUGGAAACCUACCAGUAAAUCCAGCUUUUCUUCUUUCCCUCCACCCUACAGACCUAUAAAUGCCCAGACAGGAGCAUUCUGGGAAAAUUGGCUCACUUAGUUUACAUCCUAAGGAAAGGAUUCGAGUCCGUGAUAAAACCGAGAGCUUUCGCCCUCCGUUUUGUGAAUAUUUGAGGCUAGGAUGGCCUUCCUGAUGUUUUGGACACAACUCCUGGCUGUUGGUCAUGCUGGCUGGGGCAGAUGGUCAUUGUAGUCCCAAAGAUCUGGAGGCUGAGUUAGAAGCAAAGGAAAUGGCUAAAUUGUGUAUAUAUUUUUAAUCUAAGUACGCGUCCAGGGUAGGCAAAAAAUAAAUUGCAAUCUGUUGGGUGAUUGGUAGAUGACCUUUUUGCAUUUCCCCGGAAAUUAGCAAGACUUUCUAUUUCCCAAUUGUUUGACACUGGCAUGAAAGACUCCCCCUGAAAAAAAAUCGAAAUCAUUUCUAAAAAAAGAUUUGGCACCUUUUUGCUUUUUAAUAGAAAAAAAAUUCAAAUAACAAGGCAGUAAGAAAGAAUCGCAGGUCUGUAGCAACGUAUACGGAUUUGUUCUCCUUAUACGGCUGAAAUUGCCGUGACGUCAUUCGCACAAGUAACAAUUGCUUUAAGCGUUUUUAAAAAAGCAAAUAGGUGUGAGCCCCUGAUGGGUUCUGGUAUGGGAAGAGCAGGACUCGAAAGGUUUUUUUUUUAACCCUUUGCCUCCUGAGGUAGUCCCAGUAGACCCGGGUUCACUCCUUCCCUGGAAUUUAUAGUACGUCAAAGAUGUAUCAAGUCGGUCCUAAAAUCCGCAAGGCCUUCGUCCUCCGAUGGGCCUGUGAUUUGCAAAUGUUUGUGAGUUUGGAAAAGUGGGCUGACAGCGGCUCCUCUAACCUUGAAUGAAACCGUCCGGUACCUGCUUAUUUAGAAAUAUGGCAAAUAUGGUGUAUAGAGGAGAGGACAGAGGAGCUGGAUUUUAGUUAGAGCAGGGCUGUGGUCCUCCUGGUGUGUUUUGACUGCAACCUCCAUCAACCCCAGCCACCAUAGCCAAUGGGGAAGGACGUUGACACACGCUCCCCGUCCCCGCAUGACGGACCCCCCAACCUGGUGCCCUUUGGAGAUGUUGGACUACAAUUUCUAGCAUCUACCCCUGCGGUGAUGAAUGUCCGGGGAACGGGCGUGGCCCUUGGUGUGUUUUGCCUCGAAGACGAAUAUGAACUUGAGAACGAUGAAACUGAGAUGCGAGUAUAUAUAUGUUUGAAAAAAUAUAUAUAAAUAGGAACCCGUUACAGAUAUGCUAUUUUGUUACA